AUGGUUGCAGUCCUCAUUGGGCCCCGGCUGAGGUCGACCUUGAAUGUCGUGAAUAAAUACUCGGUCAAUACCUGGAGGCCGAUCGGGAGACCGACAUUGUCUGUGACAGGGGCUGGAGGAUCGGCUGCACAAGGCAGACAUCAUUCGACUGCUUCCUCUGUGUCUACGUCUGAGGUCUCACAUUUCUCCCGGUUGGCUUCAUCGUGGUGGGAUCCACAUGGACCAUCGAGGUUAUUGCACCUCAUGAAUCCCCUCCGCCAUGACUUCAUUCAGUCGUGCAUAAAUUCGUCCGCUCUCACCACUCCUCAGUCCUUCUCGUUCCUCGAUAUUGGCUGCGGCGGAGGUAUUUUCGCCUCCUCCGCCGCUCGCCUUCCCACAACAUCAGCCGUGACCGCUAUUGACCCUACUGAACUGGUGAUUAAAGUUGCCAAAUCCCAUCAACGUUCCGAUCCUGCAAUCUUGCCUCCGAGACUGCGGUAUCUCAACUGUGCGAUCGAAGACCUCCCUGUCCCCUCCGUGGAAGAAGACCAAGUCGACAUCUUGACCCUCUUCGAAGUUCUCGAACACAUUGACUCUCCCUCAUCUUUCCUCGAACUGGCUAUUCCACACGUCAAGCCCGGCGGAUGGAUCAUUGGCUCGACAAUCGCCCGCUCGCCCGUGGCAUAUCUGACCACAAAACUCAUAGCGGAGGCGCCUUUGAUCGGUGUUGUUCCAGCAGGAACACAUGAUUGGAACAAAUACAUCAACCCGUCCGAACUACGCCAGUACUUCGAAUCACGAGCCCCGGGGACCUGGGGCGACUUUCAGACACAAGGCGUGACCUAUGUUCCUGCGCUUGGCUGGCAGAGCGUGGAUAAAAGCGAGGACUUUGGCAAUUAUUUCUUUGGGAUUCAAAAACUUGAUUAG